ACCUCUCGUUAAAUUUAAAGUGACAGAGCAGCGAGUCUGCGCAGCGCUUAUCUGUUCUGAUGACAAUUAGCAGAACCUACCUAACUACUGUAACCUCUAACAGCAAAACUGCCAUCAACCAAACACUAACCUCAGAUGGCUGAGGAACACCUUGGCCUGAAGAGGAACUGCUCCUUUGCUCUAGGAACGCCCAACCCCGCGCACCAUUGGUCUCUUAGCAACCGUACAACAAAAUAACGUGAUGUUGUUUUCAUCUCGUGAUUAAAGCAUCUUGGACAGUUCAGUCGAUUUUAGAUGUAAUUUACUUUUAGAGGAGCAUGUCUGAAAAGGCGGCAGUACUGUCUCUGGGUGAUGUUACUCCCCUGAUGUGCUCCAGUGCCCAACCUAGUCCACAGCCCCAAGCCAGACCUCUCCUUAAGAUUCUGGACCCCUCACAGAAGAAACUGGCAUCCUUGGAGACGCAGCGCAUUGCAGGUGUGCUGGACAACUGCAUAGCCAAGGUAGAGAUGGUGGCCAUGCUUCCAGCUGUUCUGGAACGCCUUGGAGGGCUUUCAUUUGAACUUGGGGUGGAGCUGGAGGGAGCUUUGCAGGAACACAAGUGCCUUGGACAGAGGCUAGGGGGCUUGGGGCAGAAGUUGGUCAAGGAGGAAGAGGGGGAGGCAGGGGAAAGAGGAAGAGAGGAGUUAAAGAGGGCCAUCCAGAGCUCACUGAGGAACAUUCUAAGACUUCUUACAGCCCAUGCAGCCGCUGCCCAUGCCCUUAGAAGUGAAGCAGAGGUAGGGGUGCAGGAUGUAGGUGAAGGGGUUCAAGGGCUGAUAACAGGGCUGCAGGAGUUGCGGGGGGUGCUGUUAGAGAAACUUCUUACCAGCCUGGCUGAGGAACAUGAAAGAACACGCUACAUGCAGGAGUUGUCUCUGUGCCAUGGCAACAACAUGGAACUAGUCGCUACACUGGAAACAGAAGUAACAGCUGCCAUCAAAGACAGAGAUGCAGAGAUCUUCAAGGAAAAUGAGGUGGUCAGAAAGUUGAAGGACUCUCUGGAACAGAUGAAAACAAUCUCUGAGGACUUUGUGUUACGGACACAGCAGGAUGCUGAUAAGCAGAGACAGUCAGAUGCCAAGACCUCUGAGGGGAAGCGGAUCUGCUUGCUGCAGGAAGCCAAUCAGCUGAGACUUCAGCUUAACAACCUGAUUGCUGAGAACCACCAAGGAGAGAUUGCGCUUCGCAAGAAAAAGUACAAAGUGGAGACAGAAAUUGAGAACUGGAUUCAGAAGUAUGAUGCUGACAUGGGAGAGAAACAGAGAGAGCUGGAAGAGUUGACAGAGGUUUAUAAGGAAGAAAAGGAGGAGCUGAGAGAGCUGGAGGAGGCGUAUGCUGUCCUGGAACAAGAGUUCAGUCAGGUCCAGGAGGAGCGACAUGCGGAUGAGGCGAGGAGGGAGGAGGAGCAGAAAGAGCUUGUAAGGAGGAGCCAUGCCACCACAGUGAUCCAGGCCUUCUGGAGGGGCCACCGCAUCCGCAAGUCCAUGAGAGGGAAGGGCAAGAAGGGCAGCAAGGGCAAGAAGGGCAAAGGCAAGAAGGGCAAAUAGCAGUGGACCUGUGGCCUGAUCAGGACAGACUAUUAUUCCAGCAUCAUUUCUAAUAUUUUUGGGAAGACAUGGGAGCUCCUCAUGAACAAACUAAUUUUCCUUUUUUAGUUUUUACAUUUUAGCUAUUUAGAUGGCAGAGUUUAUUUCAAUACAUUUUGUGCAACACAGCUCUUUGUUACUAUUAUCUCUUUACCUCUCUGUUUUUGGUGUUAAUUCCUUUAACUCUCUGUUUGGUAUUAAUGCCCGUUUUAAAGAGUAAAUAUGAGUGAAACCCAUUUUUUAUCUGGGGAAACCGAUGUUUUAGGUUUAGUUAUAGGGAAACAUAUACAGUAUGAUGGUUGAUUUCUUUGGUCUCAUAGUUGUAAAUUAAACUCAGUUUUGCCGCUAACGGUCCAGAUAUUUUGAAGUUUGUAACAUACUAGCGACACCUUCCAAAGGUGCAUCCUUCUCACUCAUGGGUGGAACCACUUCAAGACUCAUUAGCAGGUGGAAGCGCUCAUUUGGCUGUGGGAGAGUUAAGAAUGUUUGUUAGUUAAUUAUACUAGACAUUUUUUAAUUUUACAAUUUUA